UCGGCCAAACACGAGCAGAUGAGAAUGAACAGACCCGUCAACAUGCUUUCUUUGAUCACACUGACAAUCUCAUCCCUUAUUAUGGCCGUUCACGGGCAGCAGUACAGCGAUAAUCUCUACGGGAAUCCGACUUAUCAGAUGCCACAGUAUGGUGUAAGUACUUGCAAUGACCUGCAGUGUAAAGUUGACGAGUGCUGCGUAGAGACAUACAGGUCACCUCAAUGCGUGGCAUUAAUUACAGCGGCUGGACAAGCGUAUUGUCCACGCUUGAAGAAAUGCUACAGCAACACCCAGUGUCCAGCCACGUUUUGCUGUGUCCAGUAUCUGGAUACGACAUACGCUAAGACCUGCCCGAGAUUCAACGCUUACGGCAGCGGCUAUGGAACUAACUAUCCAAGCGGUAAUGGAUUCAACAACGGAUACGUGAAUAAUUAUGGCAACGCCUAUGGCAGCCCCUAUAGUAACACCUAUGGCAAUGACAUUUCCACGGAUUCUUUAAAUUUCAGAGAAGGUUACUGUGUCCCUCCUGUAGCAUCUGGUGUUUGUUACAAGGCAGUCCCUGGAGCAGCAGUGGCAGGGUCAUGUCCCUGUAGUGGUGCAAAUGCCGUCUGCCAGAUGGUAUUAGAUCCAUUCCCAAUUGGAAAAUGUGUUUAGUAAUUGAAAGUUUAGCGUAACCUACAUACUGACCAAUCAUCACAGUGUUGGUGGCGAGUUGCAGAACAUGAAAACCUCCAAUGAUUCCACAAUGUAGGGCCUACACACCAUUUAUUAUAGCUAUUAUAGACUUUAUGAUCGUAUUAAAUGUUUACUUUGUAUAAAACAAU